AUGGCCCAUGCAAAGCUAGCUGGUUUGCUUCGUCAUCUACAACGCCGCCGCUUCUGCGGCAGCUCCUUCCCCGACCUCAUCGAAACACCUCCCAAGUGUUCCAUCAGGGCUGCCAUCGAGUCAAGAGACCACCGCGACAUCCCUCACCUCCUCCUCGCCAGCUCCUCCAACCCUAACCCUAACCCUAACCCCUUCUCCUACCUCUCCCUCCUUCCCCCGACCCUCGCCGCCGCCACCGUUGCCGACCUCCUGCAAUCCUUCGCUGCCCUCCGCCCCCGCUCCCUCCCUUACCCCGCCUACGCCGCUCUUCUCUCCUUCACGCUCCCCAACCCCAUUCCUAGCCCUGCCCCCUCCUCCGUCCUCUUCCCCGCCGCCCUCGCCGUCCUCCAGUCGGCCCUUCGAUCUGGCCGCCCCCCUCCCCGGGAGACCCGCCACUCCCUCCCCCUCAACUGGCUCGCCCUUCGCCGCCGCUGCUCCGUCCUCGCGAUUAUAUCCUCCAUGCGCCCCCUCGGCUUCCGCCCAACCGACCUCAACACCCUCAACUACCUCAUCUCCUCCCUCUGCGCCGCCGGUGAGACCGAUGAGGCCGCCGCCGUCCUCAGGGGAAUGCCCACUGCCCGGAUCGACCCGGACAGCGGGAGCUACUGCGAAGUGAUCGAGGCGAUCGACGGAGAUGCGGCGGAGGAGCUCCUGGUGGAGAUGGUGGUGAGAAGGGGGAUGCUGCCGAGGAAGGGGACGGUGGCCCGGGUGGCGGCGGCGAUGAGGGCGCAGGGCGACGCCAGGCGGGGGGCGGAGCUACUGAGGCUGUUGGAGAGGGCGGGUUGCGCUGUGGGAUUCGAGGCGUACGAGAUCGUGGCGGAGGGUUGUUUGAAGAGCGGUGAAGUGGUGGCGGCGGCGCGGGUGCUGGCGGAGAUGGUCGGGAGGGGUUUCGUACCUUCUAUCGGGGUGCGGCUGGGGGUGGUGGAGGGGCUGGCAGCGAUCGGGCAGGGCCAGCUCUCCGUCGACGUGAGGCGGAGGCUUGCGGGGAUACGGUCGUGA